UCCAAUUUAGUCACUAAUGAAAACCUAGAAAAUAAAGGAAAGGAGGAUUUAUUCGGCGGCCACUUUUGGCUUUGGGUGAAAAAAUGGGGGUAUUUGACGUAGAGAAAACGCUUAGAUUGGGUCCCACCACCCCCAAGAAUAACCCAAUCAGAAGGUUCUGGAGACUCUGGAGUGGACGGCCUCCGAAGCUCGCCUGCCAAUUCACAAUUUUUCUCCCACUUUUCCCCAUUUUUAUUUAUCCAUCUUUUAAAAAAAAAUAUUAUUAAUUUAAUAAAAAGCCAUUAGCUUACCCGGAUUCCCAAAUACCUCCUUCAACUUUCCCCUUCUUCUUCUUCUUCUUCUUCUUCAUUCAAUCCCUCGCUCCAUCUCCUUCGAACGCCGCCUGGUUUUCUUCCUUUCAUCCAGAAGGAGGAUCUGAUCUCGAAGUUCGUUUUCGCUCUCUGGUUUUCGGCGAUGGCGUCGAAGCGUAUCUUGAAGGAACUCAAGGAUCUGCAGAAGGAUCCUCCUACCUCAUGCAGCGCUGGUAAAUUUCCUCCCUUAGUUUGGAUCGACAGGGGCAAAAAAGAAGAAAAAAAAUAUCCAGCUCGGUUUGACUUUCCUUUGCUUCCUGUUUAGAAAUUUAUCACCAAUUCAUAGGGGUAGAUUUCUUUCCCCGCCGUAUUCGCCAUUCCAGCUGGUGAAUUUCAUUCGUCGGUAUCGCGAUUGUGUAGAUCCCCCUUAGGCAGGCAGCCAUAUUGAAUGAUGAUUUGAGGCAUUAUCAUGUAUGACGGCGACGACUGAUGUGUGUUUGUCGGCCUUAGGGUUUUGGUGGUGCUAAAGUUCUGUAAUGGUUUCUGGUUCUUUUGAAUGGGUUAUAUUGAGUCUCGGUACCCAAUUACCUGCCAUGUUUGUGGGUAACUGUUACACGGUUUACUGGGGUCAACUGCUAUGGUUUGAUAGAGAUUUGAACUAGGCUAUAAACCUGUUCUGAUCGCUGUGCAAGAGUCGCUGAAAGGAAUUUGAUUACCAAUGAAUGCAAGUCAACAGUUUGGCUCUACCAUGGUUCCUUGUUUCGGGGAAAUAUGCUAGGGUCGUGUCUUAUUUGUUCAUGCCUCAUAUGGACUAGCAACAGCUUAUUUCUAUUAUUUAUGCAGAAAUUUCAUUUACAGUACGCAACUAAAGCGUGAUCGACGGGAUUGGACUGUAAAGAGGUUGUUAUUAUGCUAAUGGCUUUGCAGCUGGCAGCACAUUAUUCAUUGAUAGCCAUAGCCAAUUGUGGUGGGAUUCCACAAUUGUUUCUUCUUAGGGAUGUCUGGUUUCUUGUGUAGUUUUAUGGUUUUAUCACGCUGCACAUGGAAUGUACAUGCAUCCUGUCCAAACCAGGAAGCUGCCUGAUUGAGUUUUGGAACUCAUUGCAACAAAAUAAUGACUUGUUAUUUAGAGUCAUCCUAAUUCAAAGCAUGAAUUGAUAAUCUCAUUGAUUUUUUUUUGGCAAUGCUACAGGCCCUGUUGCUGAGGACAUGUUUCAUUGGCAAGCAACAAUUAUGGGUCCUCCAGACAGCCCUUAUUCCGGGGGUGUUUUCCUGGUCACUAUCCAUUUCCCACCAGAUUAUCCAUUUAAGCCUCCCAAGGUAGUGGCAUUCAGAACAAAGGUGUUCCAUCCUAAUAUUAAUAGCAACGGGAGCAUCUGUCUCGAUAUCUUGAAAGAACAGUGGAGCCCUGCUCUAACCAUAUCCAAGGUAUUGCUUUCCAUCUGUUCCUUGUUGACGGACCCCAACCCCGACGAUCCCUUGGUGCCCGAGAUCGCUCACAUGUACAAAACAGACAAGAACAAGUACGAGACGACUGCUAGAAGCUGGACCCAGAAGUAUGCCAUGGGCUAAAAACCAGGGAAGAAAGAAAGGAAGGAAGAGGAGUGUGUGAUCAGGGGAAAGGUUUUGGCUUUGCGAGGGAGGGUUCAUAUUCUUUCUCAGUUGGCUGUUCGCCUUUUGUCGCCCCUCUCAUCCCCCCUCUCUCAGUUGCUAUGUAUUAAAGUCCAGUCGUGAAUGGUAAUGCUCUUGAAACUAAAAUGGGCUAAAGUAGGCCCAAUAACAAUUUCCCUAGUCCCAAAAAGCCUAACAAAAAGAACAAGAGCCAGGAAGCUAUGUCGUUUAUUUUCCUUUAUUUUUUUCCUAAUGUAUGGAUAAUUUGAUGUUGGAACAUUCCAAAACUGUGUCCCUACUGUCUUGUUUACGUUUCGCUUGUUCAGGGAACUGCCCGUUUCCUUGUUAUCUAAUGUGCUCUGUUCUUAAAGGUUAAGGGAGCCUGCAUAGGUAAUGAAUAAUGAUGAUGUUUAUUUGAUGUAUCUGAUGUCCAAGGCUGAAACCAU